CCAUCAAAGUCUCAGUUCACCCUCCGCAAAUUGCUCCCUCUUUGAUUUCACACGCAAAUACUACCUUCCCAGAAAAAAAUUUUCCCCGGAAAAAGGAAAAUGACGGAUAAUAACGCAAACACGAAGGCCUUUGCUGGAAAUUCCCGUUCCUCACUUUCUCAGUAAUCAAACACUCCCAAAGUCGUACAACUCAAAUAUAUUUUCCCAAUUUGUCUCUAGUCUUUAUUUAUUUAUUAAUUUUCUCAAUCCCUAGUUUCUUUUAUCUUUUCUCAAUUUUCUUCACUGGUUUGGUAAUGAUGGUGGUUUGGUCGCCAUGAGCUGAGAGACGAGAGAAAUACGGUUAAGACUGUGAAUUUUGCGGAGAGGCAUCGAAAAUGGGUUCGUCACUCUCGAACCUGACAGAGGGAGCGAAUGGUUCGACCAAUGGUCCGGGCCUGGGGGACAUACCGGAGAGCUGCGUGGCUUGCGUGUUUCUGUAUCUAACUCCGCCGGAGAUUUGCAAUCUCGCGCGGCUCAACCGGGCGUUUCGUGGGGCGGCGUCGUCUGAUGCGGUCUGGGAAACUAAGUUGCCCCCCAAUUACCACGAUCUGCUUGAUUUUCUACCUCCAGAGAGAUACCAAAACUUGUCGAAGAAGGACAUAUUUGCUUUGCUCUCGCGCCCUGUACCCUUUGACGAUGGCAAUAAGGAAGUUUGGCUGGACAGGGUUACGGGAAGGGUUUGCAUGUCAAUAUCGGCAAAGGGGAUGGCCAUAACUGGGAUCGAAGAUCGAAGAUACUGGAAUUGGAUUCCUACGGAAGAAUCAAGGUUCCAUGUUGUGGCCUAUUUGCAACAAAUUUGGUGGUUUGAAGUAGAUGGAGUGGUAAAGUUCCCUUUUCCCGCUGAUGUCUAUACCCUGUCUUUCAGGCUUCACCUAGGAAGAUUUUCUAAACGGCUUGGACGGCGUGUUUGCAAUUUUGAGCAUACUCAUGGUUGGGAUAUAAAGCCAGUAAAAUUUGAGCUGUCUACUUCAGAUGGUCAGCAGUCAUCGUGUGAGUUCUGUUUAGAUGCGUGUGAACAUGAUGAUUCAAGUGGUAAUCAUAAGCGAGGAUGCUGGAUAGAGUACAAGGUGGGUGAAUUUAUUGUCAGUGACUCGGAACCUGCAACAGAAGUUAGAUUUUCCAUGAAGCAGAUCGAUUGUACUCAUUCCAAAGGUGGACUUUGCGUAGAUUCUGUGUUCAUUAUUCCUAGUGACCUAAAAGAGCGUAAAAGGAAGGGAUUUUGAAGUAGUAAAUAUAUACUCAACAAGGAACUCGUCUCUUACUGUCAGUGAUCCCAUUAGAUUUUAGUUGGGAUUUAUUACACCCUAUACUUCUGAAAUUUCUAUGGUGAUUUAGAGGAUGUCAUCUAAUCUGGUUUUUGCUGUAGGUAUAUAUGUCUUCAAUGCUUCUGUAAUUUUCAUUUCCUUUAAGCCUGGUCCAGUAUUUUUUUUUUGUUUUUUUUUUUUAAUCUUUGAAGAUUAACUGAGAGUAUUAUCCAAUACCUUUGUUUUUGCCA